AUGGAUUGCGAAGACUCAAUAAAUCUAUAUUUAAUACCAAAAGCAUUAUUUUGUAUUUGCUGUUUAGAACAAACUGGGCCAUACGUUAAACUGGGGGCAUGUUCUCACAGAGAAUAUUUGGAUUCUUUUCCAAUACCUGUUAUUUCGUCAGUGCCAGAGACAGUGUGCUACAGUUGUCAUGGUACACUUAAAAAAAUUGCUCAAUUUAGACAGCAGGUACAACAAAGUUUCAAUUUGUUGGAGAAGAAGAUCGAAAGUUUAGAAAAUAUUACUAGUAGCAAAAGAAAUCUGACGAUAUCAAAGACUCGUCUUUUAAAUACUCCAGAAUUAAAAAAACAUGUAAAAGAAGAACCAGAAAAUAAAUCAGAUUCAGUAACGAAGAUGAAAAAUAAUAGAACAGCAUUGGAAAUUCUGAAUAAUAAUACCAACUCUCUGUCAUCACUAACUUCUUAUCAAAAUUUUAUAGGUUUAACUGAAUCUCUACUAGAAGUAACAAGCAAUCAUUUUAAUUUGUCUUUAAUUAGCACACCACUGCCUCCUGAAUCUAAUAUAGAAAAAAAAAACUCAGGCCCCUAUGGUACACCCGUGUUGCCAGAUGAAAUAAAACAAGAACCUGAAAUGGAAAUUGUAUCUGAUCCAAUAAGUUUAGCUGUAAACAUUGACGUUAAUUCAAAAGAAAGCAGAAUAAAAAAAGAAAAUGAAAUAGAUAUUGUUGAUGAAACACUUGAAAGAAUAUCACAUAAUCAUGAAGAUAAUAAUGAAGAUCCUUAUACCAUGAAAGAUUUAACUUACGAUAGUGUUGUAUUCCCAGAAUAUACGUAUAAAAAUCGAGAAAUUCAAAAUGUCUCCGAAAAAAGUAAUUUAUCCAUAAACAAUAAACACAUAGAAAAUAAUAACAGUAAAACGUCAGUGUUACCAAAGGAAAGUAAAAUGGAAUGUGAUGAUGUUACUUAUGGUAAAAUUAUGUUGCCAGAUGGGAUUAAAGACCAUCCAGAAAAGUUAGAUGAUAGUUUGACAACAAUAGAAAAUUGUUUAGGUGAAAUUUGGCAAAAAGAAUAUAACACAAGAUCUCCUGAAAGCAGUAGUAUUGUAAAUGAUGGCUAUAGUCAACGCAAAAGUCGUUCUUCCCUAUGUCUCAUUCCUAUAAAGUUAAGUAAGAAAGAGUUGGAGGCUGAAAGACAGGAGAAGUUGAAUUCUAGUGAGUUUCGACUCAUGGAGUACCGAUGUCGACAUUGUAUUACAGGAUUUCUGUUUAAAGAGAACUUGAAUGACCACAUCAAGAGGAAACAUGCUAGGAAAGAUCCCAAAACCCACGUGACGUGUGAAAUUUGUCGUCAAGUGGUUUUAUGUAAGGACGCUCGAGAGCACAAGCUUAGACAUUAUAACAGGCUUGAAUGUAAGAUAUGCAAGAAACGGUUCGUUUUGUUCGACGAGGCGUAUGACCACUACAGCAGUGCGCACACGCCUUUAAAUAAUAAAAAAAACAUCAACCGUCAGUUGGAGUCAUAUAUACGAUCGAAGAGGCUUCAAGCUAAAAAGAAAAGUGUUAACAAGUCAAUUACUGGUACUACGAUAGAAGGGGGUAAAACGGAUGGCACAGAAUCUUUGCCAGAGUCAUCAUGUUCGAAAUAA